CAUUUCUUUCCUAUAUUUAUCAGUGCUUAUAGACCACACUGCUGUUUCCCUGUAAAGUACUUAAUUCUCCUCCCCAUACAUAAUAGGAAACAUUUCCAUACCUCUUUGUUGCUUAAGGUAAGCAUGUUAAACACUGAAUAUUAUGUCUGGAAAGGUUCUUAUAUAAUCUUUUCCUCUGCCCAAGUCAGGGUCAAAUAUUUCUUUGCUACUGUAGAUCAGCGUUUGGCUGACCCUUGUUACAGCCAGCUGAUAACAGGGACUGCACAGUUCCUGCAGGGAACCCAGUCCACUGCUUCACCAGUUAACUAUUAGUGUUCCUGCAGGUUCGUUUAUAGACUCCUCACACAAGUAAAUGCCUCCACAGAUGAUUUUCAAAAGGACCCAUUCAUCAGGGAGCAUGAAGUUUCUUUCUGUGAACUCUCAUCUUUAAAGGACAGCAAGGAUUAAGAUGCAAAGUAGAAAGGCUGAGGACAAAACUUCCCUUAAAGAGGGUUUCAGUUCUUGACAGUGGAACCAGGAAGUUGGAGGUUUUCCUCAGUAUUCUGUAUGCACAGUCAUACCAGUGCACACUUUGAAACUUUCACUGCACAUCUGUGCAUCACUGCAUGGUCUAGGCACCACGCCAGAGGCUGAAUUCCUGCGAGUCCGUGCAGCUCCCACACGUUUACAGCACUAGGACCCAGAGGGAGCUUCAUUUCUGUGAGUCAGUGCAGCUAGCUGAGCCCUGUGAGCAGUGAAUGAGGCUGGAAAGGCAGAGGGAAUGUGAAUGGCUCUUCUGGCUUGGGAAAGUGUCCACAGACUGGGGUGCUACGGACAACAAACCAGCUCGGACAACCCUCCGGAUUCCGGGUACUGCCGGCGUCCAGUGCCGCUGCUCUGAGGUGCAUAGCGUAAUGUCCAUGCUGUACUACACUCUGAUCAUAGCUUUUUUGAUCGGCACACAGGCAGCUCCAAAGUCAGAGGACAAUGUUCCACUGGAGUAUCCUGCAGAACACUCCCCGCUCAAUACCCACCGGAGUAACAGACACCACAUUCCCAAGGCAGCUCCACAGACAUCCCAGGGCCACUCUACUUGGACGAUAAGUAGAACAGAAGCUAUAAAUAUCACCAUGGACCCCAAGGUUUUUAAGAAGAGGCGAUUCCGGUCCCCUCGGGUGCUGUUCAGCACACAGCCCCCCCCAGUGUCAGGGCAAGGAAACAACAUGGGAUUUCUCAGCAGUGCAGGUGCUCUCAACAGGACUGCCAGGACCAAGAGGACUGCACAUCCCGUGUUACACCGGGGAGAGUUCUCAGUAUGCGACAGCGUCAGCAUGUGGGUUGGGGACAAGACCACAGCCACUGACAUUAAAGGCAAAGAGGUGACGGUGUUGGGAGAAGUCAAUAUUAACAACAACGUUUUUAAGCAGUACUUUUUUGAGACCAAGUGCAGGGACCCUAAGCCAGUGUCCAGUGGGUGCCGAGGGAUCGAUGCAAAGCACUGGAACUCUUACUGCACCACCACACACACCUUUGUCAAAGCGCUGACCAUGGAGGGCAAACAGGCGGCCUGGAGGUUCAUCCGCAUUGACACCGCCUGCGUGUGUGUGCUCAGCAGGAAGUCAGGGAGGCCCUGAGGUACAUCUAAACCCCCUGAGAACAUCCUCCUACCCCCCUACCUCAGCCUGUAAAUUAUUUUAAGUUAUAAAGGACUGCAUGGUAUAUUUAUAGUUUAUACAGUACAAAAAAAAGGAACCUCAUUAUUUAUUAAACUCUUUUGGAAACUU